UUUGAAGGCACAAUACAAUAACAGUCCUGUGAUUGUAUGCAGCCAUCUUAGAGCUCUCUCUCUCUCCCCACGGCCUACCUAGGCGUUUCUCUCUUCACAUCGCCAGAGUAAAGUUCACCGUACUGGAUUAAAGAUCUUGUCAUCUUCAGCAAAGCGAGUCAGAAAGCUGUGAUACUGAAGAGUCUGUUAUAGGAGAGAAGUUUUCUCUGAUGGCAUCCAGACUAUUGGAGAGGAAAAACACGAUGUGCUGCUAGUGACGCAGGGAACAACAUGGAUGGACAAUAACAAAUCAUCAUUCUAGGGGUGCAGUGUUGGUUCGUUAUGACAAGUGGCCGUGUGGAAGAUGUCCACCCUUUCUACGACUGAUAUCACUGAUGUUGGUCAUGGGGACUCUCUGGGCUGUGCCAGCGAAGAGGGCCCUUCAGCAGCGACAGCAGAAGUGAAACAGGAGACUCUCAGUCAGACGGCCCCAUACAGCACAUCACACAAUGAGCUGAACGACACGCUGCUCAUGGAGCCCAACGACAUCAAGAUGUACCCCUCAGAGGAUACCCCUGCACCAGAGGGUCAGCCAGUGAAGAGAAAGAAGGGCCCUGCUCCCAAGAUGUUGGGAAAUGAGGUGUGUAGUGUAUGUGGAGACAAAGCAUCUGGCUUUCAUUAUAAUGUGCUGAGCUGUGAGGGCUGUAAAGGUUUCUUCAGACGCAGCGUGAUCAAAGGAGCUCAGUACACCUGCAAGAACUCUGGCCGUUGCGAGAUGGACAUGUACAUGCGCCGCAAGUGUCAGCAGUGUCGUCUGCGCAAGUGCAGGGAGGCGGGCAUGCUGGAGCAAUGUGUGCUGUCAGAAGAGCAGAUCCGACUGAAGAAGAUGAAAAAACAGGAAGAAGAGACGGCACGUACCUCUACAGUGGCAACACCCAGCCCUGCCCCUGAGAUGCCCCCUCUGGCUCCUGAACAGCAGGAGAUGAUCGAAAAGCUGGUGGCCAUGCAGAAGCAGUGCAACAAACGCUCUUUUCUUGAUCGGCCCAAAGUCACUCCAUGGCCACAGAGUCAGGACCCACUUAACCGAGAGGUUCGACAACAGCGGUUUGCUCAUUUCACCGAGCUGGCCAUCAUGUCUGUGCAGGAGAUUGUAGACUUUGCUAAACAGCUGCCUGGCUUCCUGGAGCUCACCCGAGAGGACCAGAUCGCCCUGCUGAAGACCUCAACUAUAGAGAUCAUGCUGCUAGAGACUUCUAGACGUUAUAACCCAGCGAUAGACAGCAUCACCUUCCUCAAAGACUUCAGUUACAAUAAAGAAGAUUUUGCCAAAGCAGGGCUGCAGUUUGAGUUCAUCAACCCCAUCUUUGAGUUUUCAAAAGGCAUGAAUGACCUCCACCUGGAUGAGGCAGAGUACGCUUUGCUCAUCGCUAUCAACAUUUUCUCAGCAGACCGACCGAACGUGCAGGAUCACGAGUUAGUGGAAAGACUACAGCAGCCAUAUGUGGACGCCCUCCACUCUUACAUCAGAAUAAAACGACCCAAUGAUCAUCUGAUGUUUCCCCGUAUGCUGAUGAAGCUGGUCAGCCUCCGCACACUGAGCAGCGUCCACUCAGAGCAAGUCUUUGCUCUGCGCCUCCAAGACAAGAAACUCCCGCCUCUGCUUUCUGAAAUUUGGGAUGUCCAUGAGUGAGCCAGUGCUCCACCUCCAGGACAGAAUGAGCCAGUGUCAGGGAAACAUGGGUGGGCAGGGGUCGUCUACAGACAGAACACAGGGUCCUUAAGGGCUGAAAUGUCUCCCACAGUCACGAGGAGCCUGAUUUUGUUUCAUUCUCUUCCUUGACUUAAAUGUUUUGGAUCCAGUGGUCAGUGAGCUGCUUCCUUUGAAUGCGCUAUUGAUAGACUGUGUGGCCAGAAGUAGCUCAGGGACCGUUCAAAACAGGUAGUGGCUAUUUGACCAUCAUUUGAGCUUGGGGUUCCUGAUGGGUUUGGAUUCAGAGACUUGCUUGCUAGAGUGAGCGGCCACAAAUAAUGUGGUCAUGAUUUUUUUUUUUUUUCUCCAUGUUGGUGUUGUUUAUACUUAAUGUUUCCAGUACCAAAAGCUUUGAGGAGGUUUUGGCAAUGGUUUCUACUCUAUAAUUCAUAGAAGAGGUUGUCUUGAAGGUUGUUCAUUGCAGAAAUGUUGUUUAUUUACAGUGUUUUGUGAUUCCACUGAUUUGGUUGGAAAUGGCUGUCGGCAUUCUGCUGUUUUGAAGUUGCAUAGAUCACGUACAGAACAGUCUUCUGUUAGUAUAGGCUAAUUCGCUCAUUUUUAUUACUUGAUGUUUGACAUACAUCUAGUCUUGUAAUUCAUGUUAAAAUGCAAUCUUCUUUUAACACCCAAAGGUUUUUUAUAACAAAAAUCAGUCAGUGCUUUACCAGUGCAAGCCAUAUUGAUUCAGAGCCCAUGUUACACUGAUCCAGCGUAUCACAAUGUUCACAAGGAAUUCUGUUUUCUGCUGGUUGGAAUAUACAGAAGAAAAAAAAAAAAAACUAAGCCAAAUGGCCUGAUUUGACGAGGUCGAACGUACUACCCAAUGUUUGGGAGUGGUUAAAAGUGCUUAGAAUAUGGUUAGCAGGGAUCGGUAAGUCACUGGACCUGAAUCAGUGUGCUGCUCAACUCACAGCGACUACUGAGAUGCAUAUACCUCUGAAAACUUAAUGCAGACCAUGAUUAUUUCUUUUCCAUUACAUCAUCAUGUUUAGUUAUGGCAAUCUCCAAACCUAAUAUGUCAUGCUGUCAUUUUCUUUCAACUCAUCAGUUCUACUUGGUGGAGGGCUGAUAUUGUUCGACAGUAAAAACAUUAACAUAAAUACACAAUCUAUAUCUCAGUUUGAUGCCUAAGAUGUCUUCAUUACUGUCAUUUUUGCUGCAGAAUUUAACUCGUAAAAAAUUAUCAGUAAAAUCAGUGGUUGAAAUUGUCAGAAAAUAACUUGGGCCAUUAAUGUUGUAUUUCUUCUUCUCACUGUAUUUUUUUUUUUUAAUAACAUGGUUAUAUUUAGUUCUAUAUACACCCAUUCAUCAAUUGGAAUAGUUUUGUCAACUUUUAUUUCUACAUACUAAUUUAAUUUAAAUCUUUAAUAUUCAUUUGUUUGUGAUUUGCAAUUAUCUCACAUAGUCUGUUUCAACCCAGGUUUGUUGUACCUCAGUUAUACAGUGUGAUAAUAUUCAGAUAGUCUGAAUGUGCUCAGCCCUGUCCUCAUCAAGACAGAUUGGCAAUGUAUGCGAAAUAACCUAUUUUUUUAUUCAAUUGAACCAUAUCACAGCAGUAGCUCUGAAAUAAGGAACUUGGCAAAUGAGAGCACAUUGUAACGUCUACUAUGCUCCGUAACAAUGCAAAAAUCAAGUGUAACCAUGUACAAUUCAGGUUUUACGGAUCUUAAAAACCACUUUUAUGAUAGACAUGGGUUGUUGUGAAUCAAUGCAUUAUGGAAACUAACAUGCAAAAAUGAGCAGAAAGCUAAUUUUCUAUGGUUAACUAUAACGGUUUGCUGUGGCAUUAUUUGCCCUGACUGUGCAUAUUGAGAUUUGUUUGCUGACUUUAGUCAUAUUCCAUUUGUAUGUUUUUUCUACCAUCCUUCUGUCAGCUAGUGAAAUUGCUAAUGCACAUUGUUAUCCUCUAGCUCUUUUUUACUUUCUGAUUAUAUUUUCCCAUUUCCAGGCUCAUUUCAUCAUAACAGUAAUUUCUAAUCUUUUACAAGGGCUUGAAAACACGAGUGUACUGAUGCAGGCGUUUUACCUUCUAUCCAUUCAGAUUUCAGGAACAUCCCAGUUGGCUGAGCAGUUCACAGACUGAAACUUGGUAUAGAAUCUACUGAAAGACAUGCAUCGUUGAUCCUCUGUCAUUGCUUAUCAUCUGUUUGUGCACAUAGGAAUUGUGAUGAAGGCUUAGAUGAAUUCUAGUCAUUACUGUAAUGAGCGUUUACACUCGCUGCUCUAAGCUUUUUCUCCACACUGAAAUGAUCUUCUAACAGAAUGUUACUUACAUGAGGCAGAGUGUUAUGGAAAGUUGAUUGUAGUUCUAAUGUAUGUGUACCCUCUCAGCUCAGUGGACCUCAUUACUCUGACUAACAUAGUCUUCAAUGGAAGGAUGACAUAGAAAUGCAACCUUAUGUUUUAACGCCUUAAGUCCUUGGAUGUACACUGCUUUAUAUGUAUAAAUAUAAAAGUAGACUAAAUUUAUUGUUCUGUGAGAGUAUAUAUUUAUCUGAUAAAAAUGCUGAAAAAAUUA